AUGUGUGCGAAGUUGCUUGUGAAUGACGAAGUAGAAGAAUUUGUUUGGGAUGAAAGGAAGCUGGAGGAGGUUCUUGAGAGCAGAGAUUGGUGGAGAGUUUUAGCUCAAUUAAGGGGUAGCUCCAGUGUUAAGGAUAGACCGUUUUGGCCUAGUGGUAAUCUUAAUGAGUAUACGGUUAAAUCUGGGUAUCGUCUUGCUGUGAAUCUGAGUUUGAGAAAUGAAGCAUCGUCUUCUUCUCCUUAUGCUCAGGCUCUGCGGCAUAGAGGUAUUGAUAUUGAUAAUUUUUGUAGAAGAUGUGGUGUGCAUGAGGAAUCUAUGGAGCAUGAUUUGCGCGAUUGCGUAUGGGCUGAGACUUUACGGGCUGCUUCUCCUCUACGUUUGCCACCUAUAUCAGGGUUUUGCUCCAUUCCAGAGUGGUUCAAAAAAAUCCGUAGCUGCCCUUAUAGGGAAGUCCACUCCCAGUUUGCUUGUCUUGCUUGGUCCAUUUGGUAUGCGAGGAAUAUGUUUGUGUUCCAACACGAAGAACUCUCCCAUAUAGAGUGUUUGGCGAUUGAGUCUCGUGCUCAAUGGUCGACUUCGGCGUGUGCUUCCCAACAAAAUUCUAAGGUGAAUCGGGUGGUUUAUUGUAGGGCGGGGCAGAUGAAGUUCUCGAGUGAUGCGGCGCUAAAUGAAGGUCUCGGCCUUGGUAUGGGGGGUGGGGCGUUCACCGCUCUUGAAGGCGAGGCUUUAGCGAUGCUUGAGAGUUUCCAUCUUUGCCGGGAACAUGGGAUUACGGAUACGAUUUUUGAAACAGAUAACCAAGCUCUUUAUUGGAACUUGGUUAAGAGGGAAGAUGACCUUUCUUACCUUGGAGAUACCUUAAGAGCCAUUUAUGAGUUGAUUAGUUCCUUUCGUCAUAUUGAGUUUAGUUGGACGCCUCGUGAAGGGACUGUUGUUGCUGAUAGUUUAUGUUGGAAACCUUGUGGAAUAUCCUAA